AUGUCCCAACCACCAAUUCCCGAUACAAGAUAUAUUGUUACAUUAGAUAAUGUUCAAGUUAAAGAAAAUAAUUUUAUACAUUUACCAAAUGAAUCAAAUGUACCGGGACUAAUUCAUUUAACAGGUGUAAAUUUAAUGAUAAAAACAUCAAGUACAGCAGUAUUUGUUUUAGAAAUUUACUCAAAUACAGAUAAUGGAUAUAUAACACGUACUCCUAUAGCGCAUAAUCAAACAGCAUCCUAUGGUGGAUAUACAACCUAUAUUUACAAUUCAAAUUUAGAUUUAUAUUGCAAAACAUAUUCACCACACCAAACCAAAUCAGAAUUUUGUUUAGUUUUUUCAAUACUUUCAUAUUCCCCAGUUAAACCAACUUUUGCAGUCAGUGGAUCUAUAAAUGGAGUUUUAACAUUUAAGCCUAUUUAUUUUAGUACUCUCAAUACAAGACUUGGUUAA